GUCCAAUGUUUGAACAAACUCCACAGAGAGAUACGACCAUCCCCACUGACUGGAACAUUUUUAACAGGGCAGACAAUUCAAUGGAGAAUUACGAGAAAUAUACCGAAAAUGGGUUUGACACAGAUGAAGCUCCCUUCUAUCAUAGCCAAGACCAGAAACCAGUAUCUACAUUCACAGUACGAGAUGGGCCCAGUUUUCCACAUUACCGAUUGGUUACAAUAUGUUUGGGGCCACUUAGUGCUCUUCUACUGGUUGUUGCCAUUGUCCUGGGAGUAUACUGUAAUAAAGUCAGUGAGAGUCAUCUUCCACUAUAUCAGAAUUUGACACAGAUCAGCAGUGAGCUGGAGCACUUCAGAGCAGUCCAGAACAAUGUGAUUCGUGAUAAAGAGGAGGCCCAGAGAAAGUUACACAGAGAGCUCACUAGCCUCCACCAACUAGAGAUAGCAUUACAGCAACAGACGACCAGCAACGAUAACUUUCAGGCUCAGAUUAAGAGCCUUCGCAAGGACAAGACGCAGCUGCAGUCCCAAAUAUCUUCGCUUGAGGUAAGCUGUGGCCUAUGUUUGCCAGGAUGGGAUCUGCUGAACUCCACAUGUUACUACUUUGCCAUUUCUGAUGCCAUUGAGUCUAGAAGCUGGGGAGAGGCCAGAAAACACUGUUUAAGUUAUGGAGCUGACCUGGUUGUGUUAGAUAGCUGGGAGAAGCAGGACUUUAUGAGUAAUGCGAUACAAGCAUUAAGAUACAAUUCAAUAGUCAGGUACGACACAGGGUUCUGGAUUGGACUGAAGGAAGAAGAGGACACAGAGGGGAGCUGGACAUGGCUGGAUGGGACUGAACUGACUCAGGGAUGGAGAGCCGAAUGAUUAUAAGAAAGCCGAGGACUGUGCAGCCAUUUACUCCAAAACCCAUCCCAGGAAGACUUGGAAUGAUGCCCCAUGUAGAUAUGCACUGAAAUGGAUAUGUGAAAUGAAAGCAAAGGCAGCCCAGGAAUUAAAGUUGUAAUAAUUUGUCUCA